AUGCGUUCGCGUAGAUGCGCUAAGCGGAAGUUGAAGCGAGGCCUUAUACAUCAUGGCGCAAAACAACUAGCAUCACCCAGCCUAUCGGGACGCAUACCACACCUGAGUUCAGAGGCAGUGGAUGUGGAUGAGGUCAUAUUCUGCGUAUUGGACAGUUUAGUCGAUGGGAACCCCGAGACCGAAAGCGCGGCAACUAACGCCGUUCUCAGCUUCGCACAAAGACAACAAAAUUUCACUAUACGAGCAAUACUACACUUCCUAGAAGUACAAAGAACCACAGAAUCACAUCAACAUGUACUACUCACACUGCUACGCAAGUGUAUCACACAGUCACACGAGACUAUACCUACAACCGUAAUGCGAGAUGUACUACUGUUCAUGCUAAAGGAGUUGAAUUUCCUAGAACCAGGGGAUCUGAGACAGUCGGUAAUAGUUGAAGCCGUAAAUGAAACAGCAGUACUAUGUCCAGCGUUCUCAGUUGAGGUGAUACUUGCCUUCAUACGUGAUAUGCGACAGGAAAGUUCAUGCCUAACGGAGACACUUUCCAUAUACAUUCGUGUACUAGCACAUGUAUACCUACACGCGUGUAACAAUGAUUAUAUACGGAGCGUAGAUGUUGUCGGCCAGAUCUUGUCACUAUAUGACCAUUCGACACUAAGUGUGGAUUCCGGAGAAUUGUGCAAAAACUUAACGGCGCUACUCUACACGCUCUCCAAAGCAUUGUACUCACUACAGGAAUGGACAUCAGAUGAUGACACUAUCGCGAAACCAUUUGAGUUAUGCGAAGCACUGGCACUCGAGGAUGCAGCAGGCGAUCGCUUUUCAUUAUGGUUUGCCCGGUACCUGGAAUAUCGGCCAUCGGUGGGACCUGGUAAUGAGGAACAAAGUGAAACUAUGGCUGUAGAGCACCUGGGAACAUUAACAGACAAUGCUCCACCAUCGGAGUCCGACUUGAUAUGGUCCGCGAGGUCACAGGAUGCCAUGUCCCAAACUUCCGGAAACAGACCUGUUGUUAGGUCGUUACGUCUAGGAUCUCAUAAGAGGGUCCUGUCAUUUGCGGCAGCACUUUGUGCCACGGGUUCUGGAGGAGAAUGUACAUAUCGGGGCUGUUCAGGGGGAGAAAAUGGGCACAACAUAUCUGCAAGAAAGGCCAAUACCUCAAUAGAUAGAAUGGAAAUUGGACGUUAUGAUGUAUCACUUACACAUAUUCCUCAUAUAUGUGAUGCAAACAUCCUCUACGCAAAUAAUCACACUCCACCGAAGAGGCAGUUUACUACCUUUGGCGCUAUGGGACAUAGACAUAGGGCACAUCAUAGCGGCACAAAAGGUGUAAGGCGUAUCGGAAGUGGAUGGUUCCUAUCUGCUGCAGGAGUGCCACAGAUAUCACCAGAUGUUUGGGUACAAUCGAUAACACGGAACCAUGCAGCAGGACGUGAUACUGUCUUGCAGACCGUCAGCGGGCCCAUGGGCAUACCUACUGUGGGAAUACCUGCAGAUUUCCAAGACGUACUGGAACCGCUAUUUGAACUCAUGAUAGCCAGGUCGCUGGCAUCCAUAUACACCCACCCGCAUUACCAUGUUACCUGUAUGGAGACCUUAUUCGCACUAUCACUGCUGUCGAAACACGUCUCAGUAGCCGUACUAGUGAGAUGUGGGCUAACCUUGCUGGAUAGUGUAGUUGUCAGGUUCUACCAUUAUAUACCAAAUAUGCAGUAUCACCCAUUAUCAGUUCAAGGACAUACAAGUGUAUGGAUGGCGUUGCAUAAAGAAUCAAGCGAUACAUAUAGGAACAAAAUUGUGACCAUAUUUUCGUCCAUUGGCGCAUACGGUGAUAAGAUUUCAAUGCUACCGCCUACAGCACUUGUUAUGUCAUUGCUGCAUCUGUGCAAGGUACUUAUGCAAAGACAUCCACACAGUGUUGUGUGCCAGCUGCCGAAUAUAUGUGAGGUUCUAUUCGGGAUGUUUAUGGGACUGCACGCCUGCGGUAAGGCAACAUUAUUGGCAUCGUGUGACAGCAGCUUUAUCACAUUCUGCGCUGAUGAAGAGGACCUAUUGUUGCGUAGAAGCGCUAUUUCCGAAUUCCUCGACGUCACCUCCGCAUCAAGCUGCAAGGACUUUGUACGCAGUCUAGUAAUAGCAUGCCGAUUCUUUGCAUCAGUACCCGAUACUAGAUGCUAUUUCAUAGAUUUCCUUUUCCGCAAAACUUCCUGCAAUUCGGAUAAAGAGGUAUCGGUCGCAUUAUUCAUGUUAGGAUGGUCCUGCUCCUUACCUUCGCUACGUGACUCCUUAACACUAUCUCGUUGCGUUACCGCGCCGGCGAGACACUUCGGGAUGCGCGGGGCGCUCUAUUGGCGAAUCAUAGACACGCUUCAACAGCUUUUAAGACGGAUGCCAAUAGCAUCAGCCAACCCUUUAAUACUGAGGCUUAUGCUCACGCUAAUCAACCACCUAUCUAGGGGACAGUGGUUGCUACUGCAUUGCUUGGCGGGGUACAGAAAUUCGACGAAUUACGGAGUUGACUUUUCCCCGGAGGAAACGGAUAUAACUAUACCGCGAAGGAUACAUGCAUUGAUCGAUUUCGUAUUCAGCUUAAAAGUGGUUUACGAUUUAGAAAAACGUAUAGCAGAGAAUAGUAACAAGGCAAAUACGGUUAAUCCCAAAUUGACACCCGAAUUCUUCAGGAAGAUAUAUUGCGGACACCAUACUUCAAACUAUGACCUUUGCCUACUAGUAUGCGGUAGCAGGAGUUUCGAAAGGUUCUUGCUCACACACUCUGGAGAUAUCAUGCUGAUGUACCUUGUGCAAGUGAUGCUUACAAACUCAAAGAUGAGCGUUUUCAGCGCGCUGCGCUCAAUAUGCUCGCUCUUCUCCAGGUGUACAGUGGAAUCGAUAUCUAGAAGGUGCUCGGUAUCUGCAUACUCCAGGUUACUCGCGUUCGUACUCGUGUACCUACACGAUCCUUUCAACUAUUUCGGUGAGGCUUUUGCAGCAGCAAAGGCGCUGCCUUACAUCACACAGGUGUUGUUUGGACAGCGUCUGGAACUCACAACAGGCGUAAAUGACACAUGGCACAAGUCGAACUACACCGGUCUAGAUUCAUAUAUGCUCUCAUUUGAACCAGGGGAAUGCUACAGUAGCCUAAGUGGCAAAGACUAUAUUGUGCUACAUUUCGAAAAAAUUAGUAACGUUCUACACCAGAUGGCAGAAUCCACAUCGUUUGCCAAGUCCGCGGCUGACGUGAUACAACAGCUAUGCCGAAUAUGCCAAAGUAUCAAACCACCACCAGCAACUUACACAUCACUCUUGAAACUAGGCAAUGUACACUCCUCAAGCCUAAUGACCAUGUACCACAGUUUGGGGAUACUCCAUACCAUCGCUGCAUACUCCAGGUUAUCUGUGGACCUGUGCUCAACGCUUGUAGAUAUACUACUGGGAUACCGUGGCACGACUGCUACCGGGAUAUGGGAUAACAAUUUUGCACUGGAUGAAACGAUUUCGCCAUUAGUACCCAAUGUGGCUAAAUGGGCACCUCUCGCGUUGACAGUAUCGGAACAGCUUCGUUAUACCAUGCUACAGCUGGGUAUGUUCAUGAGGUCACGGAUGGAUCCGCCACAAGAGGUGGAAUGGUACCUUGACCAUACGUUACAUGAUUAUCAUCUAAUGUUCGUACAUCAACCAGAUGACUACUUGCAACAGGAAUCGUAUAUACUGAUGGGACAUAUUAUCAGCACAUUGGGUAUGUACACGCCAUAUUAUCGCUGUGUGUUAUGGAAAGUUUAUUACGCCCUCCGUUCACGGCUACCGAGUACCGGCGCACUAUUUACAAAGUUCUCCGGAUCCAGCUUUGGUGAACCACUGAAAGUCAUCGCCAUAACUGCACUAGGGUACUUGUACAACAGCGCGCCUACAGAAUCUAUAGACCAGUGCUUUACGGUUAGGCCCACGGACCUAGGCAAGUUGGCGGUCGAGGUGUCUCGACACCAUGAGUUACUAUACACGCCGACAGAAGAAUCACAUAUGAUACACAUGUACAACUGCUGUUUCCGUGAAAAAUAUGAAGAAACGGUAUCGAAUGAUUUGGCUGCUGAUUGCGGGAUAUUGAGAUGUAUCGUAGCACCGAUGCUGUACUAUACCUUCUUCGAGACGGAUCCUACGGUACAACUUGCAAUAGCAAGGACAUACCUCCUCACCUUACGGUCGUUCAACACUACGAAUCAACACAAUGUAGAUGUAAGGUUCCCGUUUACCGCGCUUAGAAGGAUAUUAUAUUUUGUGUCAAAACCUACAUUAAAGGAAUUCGGAGGUAACCAACAUUAUGAUUCUAGCGCUUUGGAACAACAAUGUGCAUAUCUAUUCAACUGCGCUCGUUGGGAUCUGAACUUUCCAGACGUACGUGCAUUCGAGAAUGCAGGGUUUAAAUCACCAACGGAAACUAUCACUUGUUCUAAUGUAUCACUGGGGUUCUUCGCCGCGAUAUGCCAUCUAUCAGACACCUUGACUACGUCGGAUAGCGUGCUGCCAUCGCUGCACGUAGUGUUGUCGUUCAUGGAUUAUUGGAAAACGAAUGUAGAAUCGCAUGGAUCGACUGGAACAACAACUGGUAUUGAUGUCAGGGCACUCACUACACGUUUUAUGCGGAACUGUGUUGAAAAAAGUGGAUGGCAUAGGCUGGCACAUGUCUUGGCUAUGACAUUGUUCCUGACUGAAGAGUUCCCCAAAGAUUUAGUAGAACACAGGGUAUCAUUGGCAGUAGAGUUUUUGGAUGGUAUCGAUCUCUCAUCGUAUGCAUCAGUACACACAUGCAACGAAUGUGAUUACAAACAUUCGAACCAUGGUAAUGUUGAGCGCAACGGUUCAAGGGAAGAUAUAGCGGCAAUAGCUACAGUGGAUCGUAAUGAAAUAGGAAAUGGUGAAACGGUGGCACAGGAAGUAACUCUUUCCGACCAAAUAGAUUUGAAUGUAGAUGGAUCCAAAAGUGUUAUUAUUGAGACGGAACAGCAUGGAGGCCACGAAACGUCGGAAAAUGAUUCGGCCGUAACUUCAACAGGUGAAGAAGAUCACAUGAGAUAUGUAGAAUGCGUAUUGCUCCUAUGGGCACAUAUGCUAAGACUAGAUACCGGUAACGCGCUAAGAGCGUCUGUCAGAUGCUGUCUUGAAAGGUUACUCUACAUUAACGCUCCUGAAAUGUGUUCGGUGGUGCCACCCGUCGGUUCAAUGACCACUGAUAGUGAGGUUUAUAGCGAACAUUGCUCUAUAACACACUGUGAUAACGAUGAAGUAUCACAUAUCGGUGGUAACCGGACUAUAUCCAACCAGUUUGCUAUGUUGGAACAUAGGGAAGUGGACACAACGGUUGUAGUACCACCUUUGAAAUCGCCACUUCUAUCUAGAGAGGCGUAUCUUGUCCAUACAUCCUGCAGAGUUGUCGCGAAUGUUGAACGUAUCGACCUUUUGGUACCUAAAGAAUCUCUAAUGCUCGCACUUCUGUGUUGUAUGAAAUACCUUUCGACAUCAAGUUGUAUUUCUGGGCCAUUUGCCGAAAUCUUGCAACUCAUACUCCAACAGCGCUACUCUGACCUUGACCACGAACAUCUGGAAUCGAUACUGGCUACGAUAUUUUCUAACUUCUCAUCAGCAUUUGAACAGAAGGAUGUACCAUGUUCCCUACACAAUUUUGUAGUUGACCUUGCUCAAACAGAUUUCGAGGUGCUAUGUAACGUGAUCUUUGCAUCCAAAUGUAACUACUCACAGAGCUUCAAACUAUCAGUCACCGCUUUAAUCACAUGCAACGCAUGGUUGAUGCUGCAACUCCUGGAAUUCCUGGAAAUGUCACUUUUGUCAAAAUAUCAGCAACGACCUUCGUCAAGAUACAGCGUUCCCAUGGACUACAUAUUAGACUUUCUAGAGAAGAUAUACCUCCAUAGCGAACAUGAGAUACUGAGAUCAGAGGAAGGUGUUAGGUUUGUAACCGCCUUAGUUUUACAUUUCAAUUUCUUGGCAAAAUCGGAUAACAAUGAAAAUGUACAGGUUAUGACCUGGUUCAGAACACUUGCUGAUCGCCUGGUGGUUCAUGAAAGUAGUGUAUCAGGGCUCAACAAUGGUAGCGGCGACGCGGGCUCGGCAGCUCGGACCCCUUGGUUAUCGAACACUGCACAAAGUGAUGCCGAUAUGCCUAAUAUCGACCAUGCGGUCCUACGCAGCUGUAGAGCAUUACUGAGAUCAUCAGAAUGUUACAUAAAAUGUUUCAUUACAUUUUUGGAAGGAACAUUACAACACCGAUUUGAUUUCAAGUCGGCAUUUCUAAGGGUAUGCCUUUCACUAUUCUGUAACCUUUUACGCGAUGGAGCCUUCGGACUAUACGGAGCAACCGUACUAGGCUUAAUACACAAGAUUACAUUGUCAAAGGAACACCAACGGAUAUACUAUCGAUCUUUGCAUUACUAUCUCCACUAUGUGGAGCUGGUGCCUAUGAGCCCAUAUACACGUCGUUUCAGAUGCCUAGGGUCGUUAAGUCGAGUCCGACAGGAUGUGACGUACCAGAUGUCGGAUGAGGGGCCUGAACCUAUAGAACGUUCGGAACACACCAAUAAUGCCCCUACAGUAUUCAAAGGAUCAUUGCCAAUGCUAACCGAUGGUGUAGACGGAUUGAGACGAUGUGUACUUGACCGUCUGGUGGUAUCAAUUCUAGAUGAUAUUUCUCAACCACUGCCGAAUGAUGUGCUAUACUGUCUCGAACGUGCUGCAGCAAGUUUAAUCAGGUACGCCACGGAAAGAAGGCACCAUAGGGUCCGUAACAUACGCGUGUUGGUUGCAAGGAUACUGCGCAGUUAUGAUAUACUAUCUCGUCGUGAGCCUUCGUUACUAUAUGCGUUUGGAGAGCUGUAUCUGGCUAUCACGCGAUGGAUUCAGGGGUGUAUGGCACGAGGCAUGAUUCUACCAGUAGAGGUACAAAGGCAUCUGCUGCCGCCACUAGCAAUGUCACUACUACACAAAUCGGGCUCUAUAAGGUCAGGUGCAGUAUAUCGUCGAUUAAUACGGGUUAUCGUACAAAUAUUGAGUGACCAUCCAGUUGACAACGAGAUAUCCACGGACUCUGGAAGUGGUUGGAUGAAAGGGGUACUAUUACGUCACCCUCGUUCCGUAGAGAUAACUAAAUCCACAGAUCUCUGUCUAUGUGGAUGCAACAAUCCUCAUUUGCGUCAUCAUUCCGGACAAAGAUUCUGUGUAUGCAAUGCAUUCUAUCUCUUGGACGUGUUCAGCAGCUGCUUCCCCAGCUAUAGCUGCGCAUUAGACAUGAGCGUAACGGAGUCGAUAGAUUCCGAGAUGGCGAGAUUACGCCGAGAUGAACACAUGAAACGAACUUCACAAGUGUUAUUCGGCAAUUCUAGCGAUGUUAGUGUGGAUUCACCCAUGGUAUUAGGCGCUCUAGCAGCAGUUUCGUGCAGCGGAGAGGAUGCAGAAGAUGAUCGUGAUUUUGUUGAUCUCAAUGAUAUAUAUAGAGUGCGCAUGCCUCACAUAUCGAAAAAUACGACGUCAAGCACCAGGGGAAACGUCAUAUCAAAGUUCUCGCCAACAGUUAUGCUAACGGCACGGUCGAUGCGUUCAACAUCCUUCGAUAAUGCAAAUGCAUUCUUUAGAGAAAUGAAACGGGCAGUAUCGGCUGAUCCAAGGAUGGUUGGCGCUGAUACGACCGAUGAAUGUAUGAUUAGUUUCGAUUUGCUGUCAAGACUUUCUAUUAAUGCCGGCGACGGCAUAGGCUUGGAAACAUGGAAUUCUAUGAAGGAAACUUUAGAACAGUCUACGUCGUCCAACAAUACAGCAGUCGAGCAAAGAUUUGAUUCUCUCGAAUCUGUUAGCGAUAAAUCUGACGUUGCACUAUACCUCGCAACAGCAGGACAGUCCGACACCGUCACGUCUAUCACUGAACGCGAUGCUAACGGCCGAGAUGUAUACACGGAGGAGGGUGCUAAACUGACCAAGGAACAAUUAGCGGAAAGUAACGGUCACCUAGGAGAACCUGUCAAUUUGAAAUCGGGAUGCAUGACACCCUUGGAAAUGCGUAAGGAAGAUAAUAACAAAGGUAGCAUUCUAGAAGAGCUGCAAAGAACAGAUACAAAAGAUGAAAUUGAUAUUGCCACUUUCAAUAGGAUAAAUAAGCGUUUUCGUAGACAUACUGCGAUGCAACACCCACUUUUUUACAAGGGAUCGUUGGCUUGCACGAGUUUAUCUGAAAGCGCAAUGUCGAGGUUAGAAAACAGCGGGUACGUUCCCGGGAAGGGAGCUGGUGCUUGGAACACUCAAGUACUGAAGAGCACUUGGUUUGGUCGACCUGUGCCCAUAAACAACGAAUCACUGGUACUACCACAAAGCACGGAAAGCGUGGAAUCCACUGAAUUCAAACGCGCAGAUCACAGAAAUCGACGUUCUAUGGGAAGAACACUUGAAACUUUGCCAUGUAUACCUUCGUUAAUGCAGUUACUCAGCAUAGCUGAUUUCCAAUUCCAAAGCGAUGGUUUGUUGAAGCGUAUUAAUGCAUUCACCAAUGAACAAGUUGGUGGAAGGACAACGGAUGAACCAACUCAAGUAUAUCGUGAUGUCACAUUCUUCGAUAUCUCAAAUCUAGAGAGCGUAUGGAACAGCACAUUGUACACUUCGCCGGUAGUAUAUAGAUACCUCCUACUCAGUAGGUAUACUACACGCCCUCGCCUCUACAUAUCACUCGGCGGCGAACAGAGGCCUCGACCAGUUUCCCGGCAUCUACAACAUGCUCCUGCACAAUCACCAAUAAUCGCUGCUGUUAAGCGGGAGUUACAUGCGGAAGUACAAGCAACAGGGAAAACAGGACAACCUAAUCCACUCAAGGAUAAACCGUCUGUAACCCAACCUGUAGUUGAACCAACGAAGGACGCUUUUGAACCCGAGGUGCCAGAACAUGUUAUUGUAAACGCUGUGCGUGGCUCGGCUGCCAUAUUACAUAUGGCACUCCUCCACUUAACGGAAGAGGAGGAAUUGCUACGCCAAUAUAUUGUCGAUAGGUGGCCACGUUGUUUUGUCGAAAUGGCACGUUAUAAUGCCAUAAUGCAUUUCGAAGCGUGUGCAAAGGUCACUGCUAAACAGCUUUGUAAGAUGCUCUACGGAGCAUCCGGCCUCGUAAAACGCGUACUUCUAGAAUCUAUGGAGGUAUUUGCAAUGGUACGUUCAAAUUCACUCCAUUGCGACUAG